AUGACGGAGCUCACCGGGGGCGCCACGCUUUCGGCACCACAACUUGAUGACGUCAAGAGCGUGGGAAGGCCGCUACCGUUCAACGAGGUCAAAGUGGUGCAUCCCGAGAGUCGUCAAACUCUUGGUCCGUACGAGCAAGGGGAGAUCUGCAUGCGAGGACCAACCGCUUUCAAGGGAUACCUUAAGAACGAGAUAAAGACUGCCGAAGCUUACGAGAACGGCUUCGUUCGCAGCGGUGACCUCGGUUACUACUCUUCCGACGGCCGCAUCUUCGUCUGCGGCCGCUUGAAAGAGCUCAUCAAAUGCAUGGACCAGCAGGUGGCGCCGGCUGAGCUGGAAGAGCUUCUGGCUGCAGACCCGGACGUGCUACAGGUGAUCGUGGUUGGAGUGCCGCACCCGCAGUACGGAGAGGCCCCUCGGGCAUUCGUGGUACCCCGGCGCCGCCUUCCUGGACCCGACGAAGAGAAGCGCGAGGCCGACAGGCUGAAGGAGCUUGUUGCUGCCAAUUUUGCUCACCACAAGCACCUCCACGGCGGUGUACAGUUCUUGGCCGGUAUGCCGCAGACUGGAAGUUACAAGGAUUCACGCAGAGCCCUCAAGGAGCUGUACAUUCAGCAGAACAGAUGCGCCAACAAGAGAUGUUAGGAUGGCUGAAAGAUGUCCUUUCCGCGAUAUAGUUUAUUCUGUGUUGCGUGGCACACUCGGUACAAUAAGGCAAUAAAG